GCUUGAGACCGUCGCCUGCAGCGAUCACUUGGCCGGCUCCGAGACGGAGGCGAGCAGGGAGGAGAGGCGCGCGAGAAGCAGCACACUUGAAGUAAUCCGCCGCCAUCCCGACAACCAUGGCCGAAGCGAAGGAAACUCAAGAUGACCAUGAAACCUCAACAGAAAAUGCAGAGGAUUCUAAUCAUGAUCCACACUUUGAGCCAAUAGUAUCUCUUCCAGAACAAGAGGUUAAAACGCUAGAGGAAGAUGAAGAAGAGCUAUUUAAAAUGCGUGCAAAGCUCUACAGGUUUGCAUCAGAAAAUGAUCCUCCAGAAUGGAAGGAGAGGGGUACAGGAGAUGUCAAGUUGCUAAAACACAAGGAAAAGGGAACGAUUCGCUUAUUGAUGAGAAGAGACAAAACCCUUAAAAUCUGUGCAAACCACUAUAUUGCUCCUUUGAUGGAAUUAAAGCCAAAUGCAGGUAGUGACAGAGCCUGGGUUUGGAACACGCAUGCAGACUUUGCAGAUGAACAUCCCAAACCAGAGCUUUUGGCGAUUAGGUUUCUCAAUGCAGAAAAUGCACAGAAGUUUAAAGCAAAAGUUGAUGAAUGCAGGGAAGAAGUGAAGAGAACUCAGGAAGCAGCUAACAAAGCAGCACAAGUAGCAGAAGAAUUAAAGGAGCUUUCUGUCAAAGAUGAAAAAAGCACAGAGUCCUCUGGAGAAUGAGAAGGAUGUUGUCAUAAAUGGAGCAGUAAAAUCAAGGAACAGGCAGAAGUAGUAGAAACAAAGAUCCAGUCCCUCCCUUUUUUUUUUUUUUUUUUAUCAUAUAUACAAUGAACAAAUUUGGACACUUGGAUUUUUCCCCCCUUCAAACUUUGAAACACUUCCCAGUUUUCAUUCCCAGUGAAUGUGUGCUCUGCUCAUUUGCCCCACUCAGACUGUGGAAAUAAGUUGUCUUUUAAUAUUGAUCAUUUGUAAUAUUACUACUGUGAUGAGGCACAUCAUUCCUACUUUCAGUGGCACUCUUUGUUGCAUAUGUUUUGGUUUGUUUUUUUUCUCCUCUCCUCACCCCUUCAAAAACUUUAAAAUGGCAAAUUUUUGUCCCAGGUGGAAGACUGAUUUAGUUAUUUCUCAGUAUGUGCACUUCAAUUUAGUACAACAUGUGCUGCUCUCCUCUAUUGGGAACAUUCCUUAAGAUGCAGAUUUGAGCUUAUUUCUCUAACUUGUAAUGCUACACAAUUAUCUUCACAUAUAUCUAAAUGGAUUUACUUUUGCUAAUGUAAAAUUUAGAUUUUUUUUUGCAAUAGUACUGUAAAUUAGACCAACUGGAAGGAAAAGAGUAAUAAGAAAAUUCCAAAAAUUGGGAAGUUUCACUGUGAUAUUUUUAAUGUUUUAAAAUGGAAUGAUGGCUGAAUUGGUGGGGUUAUGUGGAGGCGAUGUAACAAUGUAAAGUUUAAGAAUGCCCAUUGUGCACCUUAAACAAGUGUUGAGUGGUCAGUCACUUGUGGUUAUUUCAUUUGAUUUAGUUAAUUUUUUUUUCCUUUUGAUUGGCCACAUUAAAUCUGAUACACGGUGUCAGUUUAUGGUGGUUACAUUCAAAGAUUGUAAAGAGGAUGGAGCCAAAUUCAAUUAAACUCUUUGACUUUUUUUUUUUGCGCAAGUUAUUACACACCUUUUUUCAAAUGAACUGGUAGGCCCAAUUCAAGUUUAAAUUGGCUGUAGUUGGUCCAUGAAUUGUUUUGAUUGUAGGUUUCUGUGGAAAUGAAGGAUGUUUCAACAGAUCGGACCAAACAUGAGAGAUUUCAAAAAUGUGUUUUUGAGAACAUGCAAGAAAAUUAAACUUUCUAUCGGAGUGUGUGGUGCAGUGCCCAGCUGUCUGAUACUCCCAACAAAACAUCUUGGGCCAGAAUGUUGCUACUGUUCAAAUUUUGGAGAAUUGGCACUUGAGAAUGAGUUUUAGUAAAUCCGGCUACUUGAUACUUUUAGUGUAGAAGUGGUGGUUUUGCCUGGGAAAUGACCAUGGCUGCAGCAAACAACUUUUAUUACUACAUCAACGCAUUUUCUAAAAUUACAGUGCAAAGAAGUCUUGAGUAAUUUUAUGAUUUUAUGUAACGCUUUAUGGCUGUUAACAUCCAGGAGAGGAAGGCUGAAACAAUUGUCAAAAUGUCAUAAUGUCUUGAUUUGUAUGUGCGUGAUGAAUAGUUAAGGAUAUUUGAUGCCUCCUUUUUCUGUAUACUGUGGUGUAACAUGCGCCAUCGCUACCUUUAAAAGGGGUUUUGCAUAUUCUUGAUGGUGUAGAUUCUACACUGUCAAGCAAGAAUUGAUUAUUUAAAAACAAAGUGGCUUUAUUGUCUUCAAGUGCUGUAUCAGGUGAAGAUAUACAAUCAUUUAAUGUUGACUCGUGUUGCUUCUGUGUUCAGUUUUAAUGGUCAAAGGCAAUCUUUUGCCUGAGGGAGAUGACAUUGGCAAUGUUGGCAGACUAUCUACAGCAUAGACAGAAAUCAUGCCAGUUGUAUCAGGCAGUGAGCAGGCUGAGAUUUGAAUUCUGUCUCGUAUAAGCAUUAUUUCGGGUUCAGCAUUGUAAAGUGAAUAUAUGCCUUACAUACUUUCAGAACAAGUAAUAGAGCAGUGUAAAUGCACACAAUUGUCAAGUCUGGAUAGAUCUCGAUCAUAUAGUAAAGUAGGCAUGUACCAACCUGGCUCAGUUAUGGAGAUGUUGAAAAUGCAUAAUUUCUUAGGUGAAAUAUAAUGACCCAGCCUUAUUACAUGGGAGAGCUGUGCUUCUUCCAGAGGAAAGAACAAUUUGCCUAAUGCAAUUGGCAAAAAAAAAAA